AUGCCGCCGCGAAAAAUACGCCAACAGACGGAUGACAAUAGUGAUUCUGGUGAUGAAAAGGUGGACGCAGUGCCCUCGCCAGCACCAGUGCUCAUGUCCGGGGAUCAGCUGUCCUCGCUCCUGGCCGCCUUCUCAAAGUCGCAGGCCGAGGCGAACCGACAACUCGUCGAGUCCCUGUGGGCAUCGCAUGGUUUGGGAAGUGGAUCGAAGUUCACCACCCCGAUAGUGUCACCGUCCCCGACGCCAACAAGUAACAUGGCUAAAUGCACCGCGCGUUUUGAUGGCGUCGCUCGCGAUCCGGAGGCCGUUGAAGCGUUUAUCGACUCUGUGGAGGUGUACAAGGAGUGUGCGUCUCCGACGAUAUCGCAUUGCGUGGACUACCAAUGCUCAUGGAAGGCGAAGCAGCCAUAUGGUGGAGAGGGGUCCGGAACGAAGUGUCCUCGUGGCCCGACGCUCUCAAAAGGUUACGAGCUAUGUGAUGAGCUUGCUGACAGUUUCAUAGUGAGGAUACGUGCUAUGCUGUCCAGAUUGCCGUACCAGCUACCAGAGGAAGCCAGGUUAGACAUAAUCUACGGUCUACUUCAUAAACGGAUAAGGAAAAGACUACCGAGAGAUGGUGUGAGCGACAUAGAAACACUCAUAGACAAGUCGCGCAUGGUGGAGGAGUCACUUGUGGAGUGCACGGCUGCCCUCAACAUUCCACCGCAGCCACACAAGUCGUUACCUACGGUGUUCGGCGAACGCAGCUCCGCGCCUGACGUGACAAGUAAUAAUGAAACCUUGUUAGGAAUAGAUUUUAUUUUGAAAGCACGAUUAAUAAUUGAUUUCUCUUCUAUGACUUGGCGCUCGGCUGAUCAGCCCCGGGACAUUCACCCUUUGUCAUGUGAAAAUUCACGUGACCCCAUAAGUUGCGCUUCUAUAAACUUGUUGCGCGAGGAUGAAGGCAAAUCCUUAUCGGAGUCAGAAAAGGGGCGUCUUGUGGAUUUACUAGGUGAAUAUACUGAUGUUUUUGAGGAAGUCGGUGAGCCGACUCCUUUUUCAGAGCAUCGGAUCGACACCGGCGACCACCCUUCUAUCGCUGUACCUCCGUAUCGUGUCACGCCGGUGAGGAAAGAGGUCAUGCGCGCCGAGCUCGACAAGAUGCUAGCAGAGGACGUGAUCGAGGAAUGUGAGUCUGCGUGGUCCGCGCCGUGUGUCUUGGUGCCGAAACCUAACGGUACGUAUAGGUUUUGUGUUGAUUAUAGGAAACUGAAUGCGGUCACCAAGACCGAUUCCUAUCCCAUGCCUCGAAUUGAUGAACUUCUUCAGUCUACCAAUGGAGGUUGCGUUAUGAGCUCGUUGGAUCUUCGGAGCGGGUACUGGCAGGUUCAAACCCUGGACAGAGACAAAACUGCUUUUAGUACACCCUUUGGUACCUUUCGUUUUAAGCGUAUGCCUUUCGGUUUGAAGAACGCACCGGCAACCUUUCAGAGACUGAUUGAUCGGUUUCGAUCGGGCUCUUCUCUCCAGGAGGUAGCUAUCCUGGCGUAUCUCGACGAUAUUUUAGUGAUAUCAGAAAAUAUUGAUAAGCAUUUUUCAGAUCUCCGUGCGGUGUUUGACCGGCUCCGCGUGUUCAAGCUGCGAGCCAAUAGGGACAAAUGCACUUUUGCCCGGGAGCAAGUCAAAUACCUUGGUCACGUGAUCUCGAGGUCAGGUAUAUCUCCGGACAGGGACAAGGUAAGCGCUGUGUUGGAUAUGAAGGAACCUACAUGUCUCCGACAACUUCGUACUUUUCUCCAGACGUGCUCGUGGUUUCGUAAGUUCAUCCCGAACUUUGCGAAGAUAGCCGAACCACUCACACGAUUGACCAAAAAGAGUCAGCCUUGGAUUUGGGGUCUGGAGCAGGAUGAUGCCUUCAAAUCUCUUAAGAGGCUACUGACGACAUCUCCGAUUUUGGUACAGGCAGACUAUACUAAGCCUUUCAUCCUUAGGACUGACGCGAGUGAUUAUGCUCUAGGUGUAUGUUUGCUCCAGGGGGAGUCAUCCAAUGAUGAGCGUCCCAUUGAGUACGCCAGUCGUCUUCUGACAUCGGCGGAGCGCAACUAUUCGACGACCGAACGGGAGGCGCUCGCUGUCGUCUGGGCUGUGGAGCGAUUCCGAGGCUACAUCGAUGGACAUCAGGUGCACGUUCGUAGUGACCAUCAGCCCCUGAAAUGGUUGUUUUCAGUAAAGUCACCGAGCGGCAGGUUAGUUCGCUGGGCUAUGAAGCUUCAAGCUUACGAUUUGCAAAUUGAGUACACCCCAGGAAAAGUUAAUGUGAUAGCCGACACGCUUAGCCGCCCAGUGACCGAGCUCAACUCGCCACCGGACUGUGGAAUCUGUCCCGUUAUCGUCGACGUGCCCCACUGGGAUGCCGCUUCGACCCGGGACGCUCAGAUGGCUGAUCCGGAAAUUUCCAAGAUCAUCACUGAUUUGGAAGGGACCGAUGAAUUUAACUGUUUGAGACGCUAUGUUACUGAGUAUUUGAAAACGUGUAUAGAGUGCCAGCGGUACAAGCCGUCUAACUUUAAGCCAGCGGGACUACUCCAGACUCCAGUUCCAGCUCAGCGGUUUGAAGUUAUUGCAGUGGACCUUUUCGGGCCUUUACCCAAAGGACCCUGCGGUGAGAGGUGGAUCCUGAUAGUCGAAGACACCGCCAGUAAGUGGGUUGAGCUGUUCGCUCUCAUUGAUGCCACUGCCGAGGUAUGUGCAAAAACCCUCGUUAAUGAAGUCUUUAUGAGAUUCGGAGUGCCUCGCCGGAUGAUUUCCGACAACGGAGUUCAAUUUGUGGCCGAUGUCAUGCAAAAGUCUAUGUUUGUUUUAGGGGUAAAACAAAAUCUCAUUCCUCUUUAUCAUCCCGAAGCCAAUCCGGUUGAGCGGAAGAAUCGGGACUUAAAGGCUCAUCUUGCCAUAUUGCUUGAAGGCCGUCACCAGCAGUGGCCUGAGGUACUGUCGUUCGUCCGAUUCGCUUUUAAUAGUUCCGUCUGCACGUCAACCGAGCAAACGCCAGCUUAUCUUACCUUUGGUCGUGAGCUCCGAUCUCCAAUAUCCGCUCAGCUUGAUCUUCGCGCCGUCGUAGAGUCCGAGAACUUUGUCCCCCAGAUAAGCCCAUACUUGUCCAAGCUUGCCGAGACCAUCUCGACCGCUAAGGAGAAUAUUGAACAUCAUCAAGAUAUUCAAAAGACGCGCGCUGCUCUAAGGCGCUCUGAACAUUACCAGUUUGCAGAAGGGGAUCUCGUAUUGAUGAAGACCCACGUACUUAGUAAUGCUAGUAAGGGUAUUACGUCGAAGUUUAAUCCUAAGCGGGAUGGGCCAUAUGUGAUUUCAAAAAAGGGAAUCAAAGACAAGCACAUUUACACCAGACAAAAAGUUAAAUACUACUUCUACUCGAAUUACGUUUGA